CCAAACGGGACGACGCGCAAACAUGGCGGCGUCUACAGAAGAUGAUUUUGAGUUUAAUACUCAGGACUACUAUUCUCUGCUCAACGUGGGGAAAGAGGCUUCACUGGAGGAGCUGAAAGCAUCAUAUCGUAGGCUGUGUAUGCUGUAUCAUCCUGACAAGCAUCGAGACCCUGAACUGAAGAGACAAGCAGAGCAACUUUUCAAUCAGGUUCACCAGGCCUAUGAAGUGCUGAGUGAUGCUCACUCCAGAGCCAUCUAUGACAUCUUUGGGAAGAAAGGGCUGGAGGUGGAAGGCUGGGAGGUGGUGGAGAGGAAGAGGACACCUGCAGAAAUUCGAGAGGAAUAUGAAAGGCUUCAGAGAGAAAAAGAAGAGAGAAGGCUGCAGCAAAGAACGAAUCCCAAGGGCACAAUAAGUGUCGGCGUGGAUGCAACGGACCUGUUCGAUCGCUAUGACGACGACUUUGAAGAGAUGCCCGGAGGAGGGUUUCCUCAUAUAGAAAUUAACAGGAUGCAUAUUUCCCAGUCCAUAGAGGCUCCUCUGACGAACACCGACACAGCGAUGCUGUCUGGUUCUCUCUCGACCCACAACGGGAGUGGGGGGGGCAACAUUAACGUGACUGUACGCAGAGUUACGUCAGCUAAAGGCUGGGGAGAGUUGGAGUUUGGUGCUGGAGACGUACUGGGGCCUCUCGUCGGGUUAAAGGUGUUUCGUAACGUUACUUCACGUUGCUUCCUCACAGGCCAGUGUGGUCUGCAGUUCUCGCCUCGAGGACUGCGGCCGAGCUGUUCUCUGAUGACGGCGCGCCACCUGGACCAGAACACGAUGGGCUACCUUCAGUGGCGCUGGGGGCCCAACAGCGCCAUGACUACCAGCCUGGUCCGAGACACGAAGAGUAGCCACUUUACUUUAGCUCUGCAGCUGGGUGUGCCUCAUUCCUACCUGAUGAUGAGCUACCAGUACAAGUUCCAGGAUGAGGACCAGACCAAAGUGAAAGGCUCUGUCAAGACAGGCUGGUUUGGCACAGUGGUAGAAUAUGGAGCGGAGAGGAAGAUCAGCCGUCACAGUGUUUUGUCAGCCGCUGUCAGCAUCGGUGUCCCGCAGGGAGUCACGCUCAAGAUUAAGUUGUCACGUGCUAGUCAGACGUACCUGUUCCCAGUUCACCUUACAGACCAGCUGCUGCCUAGUGCUGUCUUCUACGCCACCGCUGGACCUCUCCUGGCCUACAUCGCCAUCCAUAGACUAAUCAUCAUUCCAUACACGAAAGCACAGAAAGAGCAAGAGCUGGAACUGCAGAGGAAGAGCUCUGCAACAGACAUUGCCAAGAAGAAGCAGGAGGCUGAGACUGCUGUUCUGCUGAUGCAGGAGUCUGUGAGGAGAAUCAUAGAAGCAGAGGAAUCCAAGAUGGGCCUGAUCAUCCUAAACGGCUGGUAUGGAAAGUUUGUCUCAGACACCAGCCAGAAGCAGGAGAAAGCCAAGGUGAUUGACGUCACUGUGCCGCUGCAGUGCCUGGUCAAAGACUCCAAGCUUAUCCUCACCGAGGCGUCUAAGGCAGGGCUGCCAGGCUUUUACGACCCCUGUGUGGGAGAGGAAAAGAGUCUGAAAUUACUGUACCAGUUCAGAGGGGUCAUGCAUCAAGUCAUCUCUGCAGACUCGGAGUCACUACGGAUACCCAAGCAAUCUCACCGAAUUGAAUCUGAAUCCUAGGAGUCCUCUGCUGUUGACGUAGGAGGAUAAAACAGACUCUGCGUACACGGAAGAACCCAAGGCUGGAAGGGAUAGAUAAAAAAAGAAGUGUUUGUUUUCCCCGUCAAGCUCUCCUCUGUCAUGGUAUUAGUGAAUCUAAUUCACAAGUCUGUGCUCCGUCCUUUUCUAAAGUCCAGUUUAUGGGUGAAAUCAGCACUGGGUUCCCCCUGAUGGCUUCACUUGAUAUACAGGAUCACAUAUCUGUCCGCUGCAGGACACCAGACAUCGGUCCGAAGUGGUUUUGUAAGACACAAAGGGACUGAUUAUUACAGCCAAACCAAUGAACGAAACGUCUGCGAUUUCUCACAGUUAUGUUUGUCGUGUGUGAAGGAGCUAUAAUUUAACUCCAUAUAUAGUCUUCAUGUGUGUCACCCUGGUAGCUUUUUGAUUCAUUGCAAUAAGUCAUAACACUGUUUGGGCUAACUAUGCAGGAACGUGACUCUGCAACCCUGAGGUCAACCAGUACUUGGUUCAUGUUUCAGAUCAUGCUCAAAAAUGCUGUUUCCUACUUUAGGAUAUAUUUUAGUCCAGUGUCUGCUGCUCAAUAAGACACAAGACAGCAAGUGUAAAUUGGCACUUAAAACGUGUAUCUGUGAAGGUUGGGAUAUGGAAGGAGAGGAGAAGAGCUGCCUUUUAUUCCAGAAAAAGUUCGACUUUAAACUACUCUACACUGUAGUUUAAAGGCAGAAAUCCUGCUUGGAUUUGAUUUGCGUCAGAGUUGAUCGAUGAUCUCGACAGCUGCAGGAAAAAAAAACUGUAUUCUCUACUGAUAUUUGAUUGGAUGAAGGUUAAAGAACAGAAUCGACUCGUGUUUAUCUUGCACAAAGUUGUUAUCUGUGAGUAAUGGUAUGGAUUUUAAAGCUGAAGCUGCAGUGUUUACUUGUCAUAGCCAUGAAUGUCAUUAAUGUGGGUCUUUUAAUGAGUUUUUUGAUCUGUUUGUUUUGAGGGUAAAAAGAUCAUUAGCACACAUCCUCAAUGAAUUUUAAAAAUAACAAUUAGAUGCACAAGUUUGUGUAUUUUCUCUAAUUAACUCCAAGUCAGAAUUAUACAGUUUCAACUAUUUAGUUAAAAGUCCACUAGCAGGUUUCGCCUCAACUGCAGCUUCUUUUAGAAAUCAACACACUUCUAGUUGGAUGUUUUAUAUUUCAUGGAAGAAUUAAAGCUCCUAUUAUGGUUUGUUUCCUUUGUUGACUAUGCUUUUUAUCAUAAUCAACAAAUUAUCCGUAUAGUUGACGCCGGGGCUUUCCAGGAGCUCAGUGUUAGUCUGAUUUAUCCAUUCAAAAAGCAGCUUUCAUAUGUUUUUGUGGCUAUUGUCCAAGUUUCAGCCAUCUAGCUAUCAUAAGUUCUUCAUUAUUCCAUCCACUUUGUGCAAUGCAUUGGUAAUACUUACUGUAUAGCAGCCCCACAGCAUGACGCUGUCACCAAUGCUUGAAGAUGUUGAUCUGAGAGUCUCAUAUUUGAUCGGGACCCUCUGAGUGAACUUUGAUAUGAAACUUAUUGCUGUUCCAGUAGCUUCUGGCCCAUCACAUGCAUCCUUAUUGUUUGCUUGAUUGUUCCUGAACAACUUAAAUAAUUUCCUUUUUCCAAAUGGUGGCCUUUGGGCUCAGAUGGUUGAAUCUUUGACACAGUCAAGUGUUUGAACAGGAUUAUGAUCAAAAACACACUGGGUUUAGAAAAUGGGUUUAGAAAGCGCCUAACACCGAGCUUUUGGAAAGCCCAGACAUUAACUAUAUUUAACUAUCUGUGCGUGAAAAUGACCCAUUUUUAAUUAACAGCAAAGUUCUGCUAAAAAAUAAAUGUACCUGGUUGAAACCUCCAGAAUGUAGCAGUUGCCCAUGUAGACAAGCCAAAUGUCUCCUGGAGAACAGCUUUAUGGCCAUACAAGACAAAGAUUGAGCUAUUUGGUCCCACUAAAUUAUGUAUGAAGGAUCAAGGUGAGGCUUUCAAAUUUAAGAACAUUAUAUACCAACUUUAAAGUGUGGUGGUGGCAUCAGGCAUCAUGCUGUGGCUGUUUUGCUGCCUGUAGUGCAUUGCACAAAACUCCAAAUUCUUCACCUCAAAUCAACAACUAGACGGUUGAAACGUGAUCACAGUUGAGUGAUCGAACUGGACAGUGAUCCCCAAAACACAACAAAGCUAGAUUUGUUAGACUUACAAUUAAGGUUGAAUAUCCAGUUAGACUGACGGAGAACUUUCUGAGGACUACAGAAAGUUUGUGCUUGAGGUGCAAUGUGCAAAGGACCUUUUAGUGGGGAUGUAUGUCUGUAUUAGGACUGUUUGUAUAAUUUUGACUACAAUGUGUAGAAAAAAGGACAAUAAAUUCAAUCUAGUAUAUCAAUUUAUUGUUGUAUAAGCAUUCCAGUCUGGAAUAAGAACAGUUCAGAUGCAUUAGUAAAAGCCGGAAAUGAAUAUGGAUUCAUGCCCAUCUUUGGUGUAUGUAAACUUCUGACCAGCACUAAAGAAUCCCACGAUAAGAGCUGGGAAAAUACCACAGCUUCAUGCAGCUUCUUUAUUGCUAAAUCAGCAGUGGAGCUUUGUGGAGACUACUUUGUUCAGUCACUUAUUUUUGGGACCGUAUACACGGAGGAAUCACAGAGGGAUCUUAUUGGAGUCUUUUAGUGGUUAAUUCACACACUAAUUAACAUCUGCUGUAACUAGUUUCUCAGCCGAUUUGUACACGGUACACUGAACUGCUGAUGAAUAGGCAAGUGUUGCAGCACUUAAACCCCUAUGUUUUUAAUUUCCGUAGCACAAUAAGGCCCCUAUUUAAGGCCAUUAAAUUAGAUUUUACUCCCUAUCUGAUUGGUGCAUCUGUUGGUAGAUGGAUUGUGCAAUAACAAAGUGGUUGUUACUUUUUAGUUUUUUGUUUGUUUUCUGUGUAAUGAACUAUAGGGAACACUAAACAUUAUUAAAACCAUUUAAAUGGGACCUAAGCUGAAUUUUACUUCUAAUAUAAAGGUUAGAUUUUGCACAAAAUGGACCUUAUUUUAGACUUUUUCUCCAAAUGGUGCUGAAGACCUUAAUUGUAGCUGUACACUUUUACUGCACUGCAUCAAGAAAGCUAGAAACCCAUGUUCAGAUCAAUCUGGUAGCUGUUUUGCACUCAAUGUUUAGUGUUUGUCCCUCUUUUGUUGUUUAGGUACGUAGUAAAAGCUUUGGUCUGGUCAUUUCUUUCUGGAUUGAUGCCAUCAUUAGGUGAGCAGAGACUGCUUGUUGAUUUUACAUUCCUGCUUGUGAGCAAAACGGACAAGUUUAAAUGUCCUGUAUGUUUGAAAGGAAGAUAUGUGUUCUGUCUUGUAAAGAUAAUAAAUAUGUAAUAAAACCUGAUUUCGCAUUUGAUUCAAAAGAAA